AUGAAUUCAUUACAUUUUAGCACCCUCAACUCGCCAUCAACUCGAAUCAACUCCGACAUGUCCUUCCUCGCUGCAGCUCCUGCUCCCCCUACCCCUCUCGGCCGCUACCGUGCUCUCUCCAAGCAUGCGUCUAUCCAUGUCUCUCCGUUGAUCCUGGGGGCCCAGAGCAUUGGAGAUCAGUGGCACGCCAUCGGCAUGGGCGCUAUGGACAAGGAUUCCAGCUUCAAGCUCCUCGACGCUUACUAUGAGGCGGGCGGUAACUUCAUCGAUACAGCAAACAACUAUCAAAACGAAUCUUCGGAGCAGUUCCUCGGAGAGUGGAUGGAAACGCGCGGCAUCAGGGACCAGAUCGUCCUCGCUACCAAGUAUAGCUUCAACUACAAGCUAGCGGACCCCAGCAUCAAACAGAAAAUUCACUAUCAUGGCAACAACGUCAAGUCGAUGCAUCUCAGUCUCGACGCGAGCUUGAAGAAGCUUCGUACGACUUACGUCGACAUCUUCUAUGUUCACGUAUGGGACUACCAGACGUCCAUCGAGGAGAUCAUGAACAAUCUUCACAGUCUCGUUGUAUCUGGCAAGGUGUUGUACCUCGGCAUCUCCGACACUCCUGCCUGGGUCGUCGCCCAAGCAAACCAGUAUGCGCGCGAUCAUGGCAAGACGCCCUUCGCUAUCUACCAAGGAUGCUGGAACGUCCUGGACCGGGCUUUCGAGCGCGACAUCAUCCCUAUGGCUCGCGAACACGGUAUGGCGUUGGCGCCCUGGAACGUUUUGUGUGGCGGCAAGCUUCGCAGCGACGCAGAAGAGGAGCGUCGCGAGAAGAGCGGCGAGCAGGGCCGGGAUCUCAAGCUCAACGACCACGGGUGGAAGCGCACCGAAGAAGAGAAGAAGAUGUCCCAGGCGUUGGAGAAAGUCGCUAAGGAGGUUGGAGUGGAUAGUGUCACUGCAGUUGCUAUUGCGUAUGUGAUGCACAAGGCCCCAUAUGUCUUCCCCCUUAUUGGCGGUCGCAAAGUCGAGCAGCUCAAACAGAACAUCGAAGCUCUCAAGGUCGCCCUUACCCCAGCCCAGAUAGAAUAUCUGGAGAGCGUUAAGCCAUUCGACCCUGGUUUCCCUCACACUAUCACCGGAGACGGAUCCAAGCCGUGCGGAAUGUUCGCCAUGGCGGCACAGACUGACAGAGUUGCAUUCCAGGCUCCGAUCAUUCCGAAGAAGGAUGCUUAG